AUGUCCAAGUCCAUGUCAAUGACAAAACUUUCGCCGCUAGUAAUUGACAGCGGAUCGGGAAUGUGUAAAGCUGGUUUCGCUGGUGAUGACGCCCCUCGAGCCGUGUUCCCAUCCAUGGUUGGACGACCACGUCAUCAAGGGGUUAUGGUUGGUAUGGGGCAGCGUGAUUCAUACGUUGGUUCGGAAGCGCAGUCAAAAAGAGGCAUUCUAACAAUCAAGUAUCCAAUUGAACAUGGCAUAGUCACGAAUUGGGACGAUAUGGAACGUAUCUGGCAGCACGUAUUCGCGAACGAAUUGCGUGUCUCACCUAGUCAACAUGCGGUUUUGCUAACCGAAGCUCCGCUGAAUCCAAGAUCGAAUCGCGAAAAAAUGACGCAAAUCAUGUUUGAAUCGUUCAAAACUCCUGCCAUGUAUGUGGCCAUCCAGGCGGUGCUGUCGCUGUAUGCGUCUGGGCGCACGACUGGAGUGGUUAUUGACUCCGGUGACGGUGUCACCCAUACCGUACCCACAUAUGAGGGUUACUCCCUACCGCAUGCGGUUCAGCGCUUAGACCUUGCCGGACGUGAUUUGACCAAUUACCUGAUAAAAAUACUCACUGAACGAGGUUAUUCAUUCACUACAACAGCUGAAAGGGAGAUCGUUCGAGAUAUCAAGGAAAAACUGUGCUAUGUCGCGCUGGACUUUGAGCAAGAAAUGACUAAUGCAGAAAAUUAUAUGGGGACUAUUGAAAAGAACUAUGAACUCCCAGAUGGUCAAGAGAUCACUAUUGGAACGGAGAGAUUCCGAGCACCUGAGGCGUUGUUCCAGCCUCAUUUGCUGGGGAAGGAAUCGUCUGGAGUGCAUGAAAACUGCUAUAACUCAGUCAUGAAUUGUGAUAUUGAUAUUCGUAAGGAUCUCUAUAUGAAUAUCGUUCUUUCUGGUGGCACAACUAUGUAUCCAGGAAUUACGGAUCGUAUAAAGAGGGAGAUCAAAUUGCUUGCUCCUAGUACCGUCAAAGUGAAAAUCAUGGCACCACCUGAACGUAAAUAUUCUGUUUGGAUUGGCGGAUCUGUACUAGCAUCGUUAUCGACAUUUCAAAUGAUGUGGAUCACAAAGGACGAAUACGAUGAAUAUGGCGCAUCAAUUGUGCAUCGUAAAUGUUUCUGA